GUAACAGUGUUUAGGUUUAAGUUGUAUAAUUCCACUUGUUUUAUAUUUAUUAGUGCAAUGGGGAAAUAGCGCCCUCUCUCUCUGUGUGGCUGGUUAUAUUUUGCUGGCCACUGUAAUCAGUGCCAGUCUGUGAAAGCUACACGAGAGUGUGCUGAGUGAAGCUGACCCGUUGCACUGAUUCGAACCCCUGAUAUGUUCUUGUUCAGGUACAUCAUUUAUUAUUGUAUUCUCCAUUGUAUAUUGAAAAUACAAAUGUUUUACUGUAAUUACGGCCAGUCUGUGAAAGCUACACGAGAGUGUGCUGAGUGAAGCUGACCCGUUGCACUGAUUCGAACCCCUGAUAUGUUCUUGUUCAGGAAAUAAACUGACUGUUCACCCAGAAACUCCUCGUCUUCAUUAAAAAUCUACACAACGCAGAGUCGAGGGGUUACUUGGGCCGGCCUGGUACAGUGGAGUGAAGCAGAACCCGGUUACAUUGGUGCCGUGACCCGAGCUUCUGCGAUCCUGUAUCUGCAUUGGUGCUGUCUAUUUCCUGGACAGUGGUUGGAGUCACCACGUGGACUGUGGGGAAACCCCGUGGGAUUUCCCUCAUUCCCGCCAUUUGCUGUUUUCUAUUGGAACACUGAGGUGGGAUUCUGUACAUCUGUUUAGAAGAAAAAAAAAGAACGAAGCAGAUCUGAAUCAUGACAGACUUUCCUGGUUUUGGCAGAGGGAGGGGGAAUGUUAGUUUUACCCCACUACAGUCAUUUGGCAGGGGUAGAGCAGGUUUGCUGGCAGCCCCAGUCUCAUCCACACCUAGGCCCGUCUUUGCUGAGUUAAAUGACAAACCUGUUGAUGGUGACUGUGAUGAGUCCCAUCAUUCUAAAUCGGACACCAAAUCUACAAAGGAGAGCCUUUAUGCAGAGAUAGCAACGCAAAUUGGGGUUUCUAUUGGAGAAAGCAUUGCCUCUUGCAUUGAGUCUCGCUUGGGCUGUGGACUGGGAAACAGUCUUGGGUCUGCCAGUAAUGUGCUCUCAGAACCUUCACUUUUAAAUGUGAUUGUGAAAUCUGAUGUUAAAGAACCUGUGUGUUUUAGAGGGGAUGGUUGUGACACAUGCAGUGUUCAGGAAUGGGAGGAAAUGUUAAUGACCUAUUUGAAGAAAAAAGGGGUACAGACAGCUGAACAAGCUGAUGAAGUGCUUAGUAAACUGGCAGGGAGGGCAAGAGAGAUAGUCAGGGUGGGCAUACGUAGUAAGCCAUCCUUAUCUCUUAAGGAAGGCCCAAAACCUAUUUUCGAGAUCUUAAAACAGCACUUUAGUGACACUGCCUGUUCGAGCAUGCCUUUGGCUGAUUUUUAUGCAACAUUACCUACCUUAGGUGAGACACCUUUUGAUUACUGGCUCCGGCUGAACAGAGCCAUGGAACUCACAGAGGACUGUCUCAAAAGACAGAAUAAGUCCUUUGCAUAUCUGACAAAAGAACUGACUGCAAUGUUCAUUCGUCACUGCCCAGACUCAGAACUGUCGCUUAUUUUCAAAUGCAAGCCGUUGCAGCAGUGGACACCUGCUGAUGUACAUGAGAAGUUGCUGGAGCAUAGUAAAGAUCAGAAAUGUGGCCCUCAGCUGAGUGCACCCAGUGCUUUAAGUUUUCAGCGACAGGAGGUGAGUCCUCAUGUGCAACAGGUGACAUGCAGCAGUACGUGUGCCACACCAUCGCCGACCUCUACCUCAGUAUCAUCUACUGGACUUAAUGCACCGGCGCCUGCUGAUCGCCUUGAUCAUGUGAUAGCUCUGUUGGAGAAAGUCCUGGAGGGUCAGCCUCGACAAGCAAAGCCACCUGCUAAAGAAGAUGUCAGAGCUCAUCGAAACCAAACACACAAAGUCAUGCCCUGUGUAAUUUGUGGUGACACAGCACACUCUACCUAUUAUCACUGUAGAGCCAAUCAGCUGUGCUUCAUCUGCUAUGCCGCUGAUCACACACGGGCUCGGUGCCCCAGGGCCGUGCCUAACAAAACAAGAGGGCCUGAAUCAGCUGCACAUCAGCUGGGAAACUAGUUGGCCUACAUGUGGAAGGGGCAAGUGUUAGGCCUGAAAUUGUGCCCCAAGAGACUGAUUUUGAUGAUUUGGAGUCUGUAUACCAAACUGUCUGUGAAGAACGACAGCUUGGUCAUCGACCAGUACUUCAGAACACCCAAAGACUGAAACAACACGACAAACUGUUCUAUGAAAAUGUGACCCUUGGUGGCAAAGUAUCUGUUAAAGCAAUGCUUGAUAGUGGCUCCAUGGCCUGCACCCUCAGUACCAAUCUGAUGCCCCACCUCUUAGAUCAUGCAGUGUUGCAGUCCCCCACCUUGCAACCCACUGAUGUUGUACUGAUUGGUUGUGGUGGUUCAAAGACAAUCCCAUCAGGUGUGUGUGACAUUACAGUGGAAAUGUAUGACUGCAAAGUUGUUGUUCCUAUGUUGGUGGUUGCAGGACAAAGUGAGGACCUUAUCAUAGGCAGCAACCUUAUGCGGCAUUUGGUCAAUCACCUGAAGACAAAAGAAAAUUUGGGGGAGAAAUGCAGCAAGACCUUAAGUGCAGAAGAUGUGUCUGAUCACAAUGUGCUAAGUUUAAUGUCAGAAGUGGUGGUUCCAGAGAGUGCCGGUGAUAAGAUUGGAACUGUUAAGCUAAAGAAAGCCAUAACCUUGGAACCUUUGACAGAGCACCUGGUC